AAAAUACCCCUUCAUGAAGUUAUGUUUUGAUCACUCCUUGUACAACACCCACAUUUCGUUGGUAACUUUUAACACAACGUUAAAAUCCCCAGAUUUGACGUAACGGGUGCGUAACGGUUGUACAUGUUCUGGCGCGGCUUAAAAACCGUCCCGGAAUAACCUAAAACUUUUAUGUUUAUAAAGCGAUUUGUUUAUAAAAGCUAGCGACGAUGACUGAAGCAAUAAAUAAAUCGGAGGAUUUGUGGAGUUCCUACAAAGGUCUUCGCAAGAUCAUCUGGCGAAGCUUAAGCGACGGCUCCGACGAGGUCUACAGUAUCGAAUUUGAGAACACUUUGCGGAAACACAAACAAAACUUCUUCUCCCUUCUGCAAAAUCAGCCAAAAAAUGCCAAAAGUCGUGAAGAACUCAAGAAGGGGAUGGUGGACGGCAUUGUGAUUAAAGGCCUCGGUCAUCAAAUACUUUCCAAAGAACUAUACCAAGAAGCAGUCAUUUUGUCAGACAUGUAUGACAUGAAUGAAUUCGUAGCCCUUGAUCUCCUCUGCACGGCUCAAAUCCAAAUGUCGUAUUACCCUGGUUUGCCCCGUGGAUUAGUAGCAGUUCUGCUGUAUUAUGAUGGCCGUAAGUCUCUAGUUUCAAGUUUACGCUACUUAAUCCAAGCGCGCACUGGGGUUCAAUGGAGUCUCAAUAUAAAGCCUGAUCUUGAAAAAUUUAUCACUAGUUACACUGAUCAGUUAAUGGAAGGCGGCCUAUUUAAUCGAAUUUUCGAACUACUGCGCACCUUAGACUUAACUAAAGAAAUAGAAAAACUUCAAGAGAACCUCGCGUUGGGGGGACCAAGGCACAGGCGGCAGGUUAUUGACUUAUUCCAAGAUAUUAGAAUGAUUCUCGCGGAUAUCGUUUUCACGUGGGCUGCUCAGUCAGGUUUACCCAAAGCAGCAAGUGUGGCGCUCAUAAACUAUUUACGGCAAGCGGAAAUCGAAGAAGAAGCGUCUGGAAAGAUUGAUAAUGUUAACUUGUAUCUCUUAAUGGCGCUAUUAUCAGCGCUAGAUCUCAGCGUUCUGCAUUCUAGAGAAGAUGGAGAAGAAGCAGUUCAAAGUUUACCCAUUUUGUCUGAUUCUGAAUAUAUUAAUACGAUGAUUGUUGAAUUGGCACCUCUCAAACCAAAGUGGAAGAGUGAAGGUCUACAAGCUGUAGCUACUUUCGGACUUGCCGUUUGCAUCGCGUCGUUACGUUUAAUUCCCCAAAAUCAACAAUUCCAAGACGCGAUUAACAGAGAAGAAAUUUUUAUUGAUGCCGCAAUCGAAAAUAAUGUGUUUGAGUUUAUGCACAAUAUUAUUCUAGAAAAUGAUAUUUUGUACAAGGAAGCGUUUGUGUUUAAGCGAAUGCACCAUCUAUUGACUGAUUUUAUUGUCUAUAUGUAUCCAAAAGUGAAAGAACUGAGAAUCAAAGCUGACGAAAUCGCUCGGACUGUGCAGAUUUAUACAAGAGAAGGGCUAGACGCACCCCCCAAUCUUCCACGGUACUUUGAAUACUUGAUGUUGGCAGUGGCGAAGUUCUACUCAAAAGAUACUUUGAAUACUGAGUACGUGUUGAGUUAUUGGAGUCCAGUUGAGCUUAAUUCUGGUCAAUAUAGCUCGCAACGAUCGACGUCACGGGCUGUGUCAUUAUUUAAAUUUGUCCGUUUAGCCGGAGAUAUGUUACCGCCAACUUUAUUUGUACCAUAUUUAACGAUGUUGAGUAGUUUAUCUACUUGUCCGCAAGCAGCCAGACACUGUUUUAAUAUGUUGAAACAAGUAGGACCACAACUAACGUCCACUCUUUCAUGGGAUCAUUUUUUUUCGUCGUUCGCACAAUAUUAUAACAAUUUGCGGCAAGAAUUGCCACCUGUGACUGACACAGUUUAUAGAAAUACAUAUCUGAAAGGAGUGUCACCUCAAGAAUUGGAAGGUCUACACGCUGUACUAUUACUAAUACGAACAAUCGCCGAUCACGAUGAGUUUUCAAGGUUGGCACUAUGUGAACAUCCGGGUUGGGCGCCUUUAAGUAUUCUUCUUGGUUUGGUCGGAUGCUCGGUUCCUAUUCCUCUUAAGUCAGACUUGUUGCUUACUUUGGCUUCACUGUCAAAGUCUGCAGAGAACGCAGCGCAAAUGUGGGAUAAUUUGGAAACUUCGCAGAUCUUGGUAACAGUGCCUACAACGUCUAGUUAUACUCCUAGGGGGAUACAAACUGAACUAGACGAAGUUGAAUCGAGACUUGAAGAAUACCCGUUAACGAAAGCCCUACUCAAACUUUUAGAUGUGUUGACGGACUUUGGGAUUCCUAGGACUCUAGGGGCAGGUCCUAGACCUCCAGGUUUCGAUCCCUACUUAUCGUUCAUCGUCAAUUCCGUCUUUCUCAAGUUUCAUACGAGAUCCUAUAGAAACGCGUCUGAGAAGUGGGAAGUAGCAGAUCUAUGUCUAAAAUUGUUUGAGAAGUUUUUGACACAAUAUGACCCUCAGCUUACUGAUUUUCCUAAAAAGAAUGUCCCAACGGAGUUUAAUUCACCACCCGGGUACCAUCUGAUGAUUCAAAUGAACAAUAAAUCUGAACUUUUGAGUGUCAUUUUGGAUAUUAUUGAUGAAGGGAAUAGAUUGUUUGACACGUAUGUUGCUUUUCCUAGUCAGCAUUUGUUGGAAGAGUGUACUUUGCGCUGUCUGAAUAUAAUCCACUGCGUCUUGGCCUUGCAGUCGAAAUUUGUUACCGUUUUAACGGCUUCUUCUGCUUCUAUUCUUUUGACUAAUAUCACGAAACUUCUCCUCACCAUCAACCGACGUAGUGGAAAACCAGAUCACUGCGUCAACAUUGCCAAGUACAUCAGUUAUCAACCAUUUCUCUCAAAACAUACCUACGUGGUUGUUAAAAUACUAAACCACGUGACGAGUACCCCAAUUCUCCAUAAUCAGUUCAUCAACAUAUUCCUGUCGUCAGAUGCGAAAGACGAAAUCAGACACGGCUUUGUUCUCAGUCUGGACAACGAAAUCGACGAUGAUGAGGCCCAAUUGACAAUAAAAACCAAACUCGAAGUCCUCAAGUUGCUCAAGCAUUGCCUUCCAUAUACACCACCAAACUUCAGCCACUUCCUUCUAGGAUUCGACAUAAAGAAGGACAUUUCGAAAACCGAGUUCCAGUAUUCUGGCGUUUUAGAUUUUCCGAGAUCGUGCCUCCACUCAAUCAUUUCCCUAAUGGAAGCGGAAGUCAUCAAAGAAGGGUCAACAACGCCGCUCCUGGAAGCAGCUUACGAAGUCAUUUUCUUGUUGGCUAGUAAUAGCAAGACGUACGGACCGGUAUUGAGAUUCCUGCGUCUGAACAAAAAAUUUUUCACUCAGCAUUUGCUGCUCUGUCACAAAAGAGUCGGCGAAGGUUUGCACGUUCUCAAUCAGAUCGCUUGGUUGAUGAAAACAUUGGCCGUUGAGUUGAAGAUUUGUGGCCAGAGCAAGCAAGUUAGUUACUUGAAGCAUUUGACACACUUUUUGGUCAGUUUGCCUCAGCUUGAAAAUAACACCAAUCAGGAUCCGUUUAGUGCCACCUACAAAGAUGUGAGGGAAAGCAGCUACAUGUCUUUAGAACGGAUUAGUAAUAACUUUCUCAUUAAGUUAAUUCCGCACUUUGAGUUUAAAGCCGAUACUGUGCAAACACCCGAGUGGCAGUUUUUUGAUGGAAAGGUUCUUAACGCGCUUCUGGAUCACUGCAUCCAAGAGGGUGGGAAUAAACUGAUUGACUUGAAAAAACUGCACCAGAGGUUGUACGACGAAGUUAAACUGCUGCAAGGCACGGCAGUGAUGGGGCAGAUACAAGCCAUCACUCAAGAAAUACCCAAAGUCUUGAAAUAUGCCCUGGAAUUGAACAAGAAUAAAGAAAAAUAUGCCUCUGUGGUUCAGUUUGUUGAUGCUUGGAGGCAGGUAGUUGAAGUUAUCAUGUUAUUCAUCCCCAACGAGAUUCUCUCAGCUAAAGAAUCUCAAAUGGUUAGUGUUUGCUUUGUUUUGAAUUUGCUCAAACGGGUGACCAAGAUUGAGUUGUUACCGGAAGUCGGCCAAUUGUUAUCAGGAGCGGUUUUACUAAUACUUGAAAAUUUGCGAAAAUGUCACCUCUAUGAAAAGAAACAGCAGAAUAUUUCGUCUGAAAACGAAGUAGUGACGAGCAUGUUGCAAAUGCAUUUAGGAUCUCUGAAAGAGAUUUUAGAGAAUUUGAUUGAAUGGAUCAUGGUGUCGAACGUUACAGACGAGAAACUAAAAAUUAAUUUGUAUGCGGCUUUGGUUACCUUAUUGGAGUUGGCAAGCCUGGAAAAGCCACCAGACAAUGUAGCUGUAUCUAGCAGUACCUAUGUUAGCCGACUCGAUAAUUCGAAAGUUAGUUUAGAGAAUCAUUUGCAGAAUUUGAAAAUGACCACUGAUAGUUUAGCCAAGUUCGGUGAGCGACUGGUGGAGGUGAUGUGUCAAGAUUGUAUUGGAGGAUACGAUGUUUCUAGAAUGUUGGCUCUUUCAAGUUUCAGCGUGUUGAUCACGCUGUCUGGAAACGUGAACUGGAUUGUGUAUAUGUCUGGACGAGGCUACUUGAAGUUUAUAGUCCAGUCGAUCUUGGACAGUAACGCCGAUCUAGAACGAUUGCUAGAACCCGGGCAGACUUCAAUCAAACCCCUGUAUGUCUACAUGUCGAAACUUCUCUUCCUGGGACGUUUAGCUGGAACAAGAGUCGGAGCGGAGCUUCUCCUGGAACAAAAACUCUUCUCGUGUUUUAGCAACAUGAACGUUUUUAGUUACCAUCCAGAAAUUUCCAGAUCGUGGCACCCCGAUGACUUUCUGGAAAGUUUUAUACCACCGCCUGAGGAACUUUAUCUCCAAAUGUGGCUACCAGCCUUAGAUAUCUGUAACGCCAUUUUAACAACCCUGGGUACAGACAAUCAGUCUGCGGUUGUCCAAAUCAUGUACUUCAUUCUGAGUCAUCUGGACGUGGUGGAGUCAAUUUUGCGAUCUGGAACGCCGUCAUUGUCGCGUAUUUUCCUCAAAGAACUGUCGUUACUAACUUCAGUCAUUGCAAGAACUGCCAACAAUAACUUAGUUAACAUUUUGGAAAACCCCGAAAUCGUCCACGACCAACGAGCUCACCUCUUCAGGAUACAGAAACUGACUUUGGCACUACUUCCAAAGUUUAUUUUGACUGAUGAAGUGGUGAGAGAACUUGUGAAUAAACCAUUGGAGCAUCACCACACGUUCCAGACUUCUGAACGUUUGUUGUACGCUAUGCAAAUCAUGUCCAAUCUUCUGUGUUAUGCACGAAAUGUGGUCGCUAAUAAUGACGUAGAACAUGGAGGAAUUGGGGUGUUAUUCCAGCCAACAUUGAAAGAUCCGACUCUUCAUACUAUCGAUUUAAGGAAUGGGUCGAAUUUUAACGAUCAAGCACCUUCUUUGGGGGUCGUGGUACAACAGUUAAUCACCAUUGUAAAUUACCACCACCAAGAGAAAUUCAACUAUGAGUUACUUACACGGAAGUUGAGAGAAAUCCCACUGAUGGAAAGUGCAGAUAUUGAUGAAUACAUUGACGAGUCGUACAAUCUUCAAGAUGUGAACACGAAAAGGGAAUAUGUGUACGAGUUGCUUUCCAAUCGGUUGGAGAAGAAGACUAGGGAAAUGCAGUAUUGUUCUUAUAUUAUUCAGAAUGCGAUUUAUUUAAUAUGGGUACAUUUGGACUACUAUAUGUUGAAGGCAAUCCCUAAAGUCAAGAAUUUUGGGUCGUUGUCAAUAAAGUCUCCAAUGUCACCAAGUACUUUGGCUUCUGCAACCGAGGCCACAUGGAAGGUGUCUACUGAUGACAUAAGCAACCUUAAGCAUGGACUUGUGUCAAUAUUUAAUGAUAGUUUUACUAAACAAUUACUGGAAAGUAUCCAGGACCAAACUGAUUUGGAUAAAGGAUUUGUUGAAACCAUGUUGAAAAAAAUAAUUCGUUUGAUACAAUUUGUGCCAGUUAAGUAAUUUGUAAUAUUUUUAAUAUAAACAUUUGUUAUAAAA